ACAAUCCCUCACCCAAUAAGGAGGAGAAGGCGUGAAGCCCCGCCUGCCGCGCUCUUUGAUUGGUCGGGUCCUCCAGGAGCAGCCGGGACGAUGGAGUAGCAGAGCUGACAGUCAUCUUUUUGAAUAUCAAGAUGAAGAAAGAACAGAUACUCAACUGUCAAUUCUCUUCCUGGUAUCCUCGUUUUAAGAGGCAGACCAUCCGCAGUGUCAUUCUUCCAAUCCCACAGAACGUCAAAGAUUAUUUGUUAGAUGAUGGAACCCUGGUCGUUUCUGGCAGAGAGGAUCCCCAAACUAUAACCCAAGAUGGAGCCGAUGAGGAAGAAGCAGAAGAAGCGGUGUGGUCUGAUGAUGAAAAUACGGCAACGCUUACAGCACCAGAAUUUCCCGAAUUUUCCCUUAAAGUUGAAGAGGCCAUCCAUUCCUUGGGAGGCAGCGUUUUUCCGAAGCUUAACUGGAGCGCUCCAAGGGACGCCUACUGGAUCGCCAUGAAUAAUUCCCUGAAAUGCAACAGCCUCAGUGAUAUUUUCCUCCUUUUGAAAAGUUCGGAUUUCAUUACUCGCGACUUCACUCAGCCGUUUAUCCAUUGCAACGAUGAUUCCCCUGACCCUUCUUUGAAUUAUGAACUUGUCCUCCGAAAAUGGUGUGAAUUGAUUCCUGGGGCAGAGUUUAGGUGUUUCGUGAAGGAAAACAAACUUAUUGCUAUAUCUCAGCGAGACUACACUCAGUACUACGAACAUAUCUCUAAGCAGAAAGAAGAGAUCUGUAGAUGCAUACAGGAUUUUUUCACCAAACACAUACAGUAUAAAUUUUUGGAUGAGGAUUUUGUAUUUGAUGUCUACAAGGACAGUAUGGGCAGAGUUUGGCUCAUCGAUUUUAAUCCGUUCGGGGAAGUAACGGAUUCUCUGCUGUUUACAUGGGAAGAAAUACGGUCUGGAAACAGUUUGAAAAAUGACCAUACUGAAGGUGCAGCGAUGGAAGAGGAGUCUCUAUCCUUCCGGUGCACGAACAGCAACCUCACGGUCCAGCCGAGUCCGUAUCUGAGCUACAGGUUGCCCAAAGAUUUUGUGGAUCUCUCCACAGGAGAAGAUGUCCACAAAUUAAUUGACUUGCUCAAGCUGAAAAGAAACCAGCCAGAGGAUGACGAAACAUGAAGAACACGGGAUAAAAUGAAAAAAAAAACCUAAAAAACGGAAAGGAGGCCACCCAGAAAAAUAGCAUUUUAACUGCAGCAGUUCUUUCGUCAGAAAGGAAAGGCGAUGCUAACAUUGCAUCAUCCUUUUACGGAAUAAAGAUAUUUUCACCUCA